CUUAAGUAUCGAAACUUCUUACCCCAUCCAAUUUUUAAAGUCUUGGUUUCAAAGUAUUUAAAUUUAAAAAUCAAACCGAGCUACGUAAUACUCCUCCACUUUGAUUUAAUUACUUUCUCUGGACUAGAGAACCACUCACCCUUUUACCUUCAUCCAACCUCUUUUAGAUAUCUCAAUCUAAUACCAGUCAGAUUAUCAUAUCAUCAUGUCUGUUCCUGCAUUCCCAAUCCCAUUCAUUGAGCGUUUCAACAAAGUCACUCUUGAUCCUUCUCAACCUAAACUUUCUCAAGAACAAAAAUCAAAGUUACUCGAUAAUAUCUCUAUUCUCAGAGAUACUAUCGUCUUCUUCACUGCUACUGGUGCCGCAAGAGGUGUUAGUGGUCAUACUGGUGGCCCUUUCGACACUGUGCCAGAAGUGGUCCUUUUGCUUGCCUUAUUUGCAAGUGACCCCGAUUCCAAGAAAUUCGAUCACACCGUUUUCGAUGAAGCAGGUCACCGAGUUGCCACUCAAUACCUCCUCUCUGCCCUUCAUGGACACCUCCCGCCUGAGAACUUGAUGUACUACCGUGAGGCUCAGUCGAAACUUCCCGGUCAUCCAGAACUUGGUCUCACCCCUGGUGUCAAGUUCAGUAGUGGUCGAUUGGGCCACAUGUGGCCUCUUGUCAACGGUAUCGCACUCGCCAACCGACACAAAACCGUGUUCUGUCUCGGUUCAGAUGGUUCACAACAAGAGGGCAAUGACGCCGAAGCAGCCAGACUCGCUGUGGCUCAAAAACUCAACAUCAAAUUGUUGAUUGACGAUAACGAUGUCACAAUUGCUGGUCACCCAAGUGACUAUCUCAAGGGUUACGAAGUUGGAAAGACAUUAGAAGGCCACGGCUUAAAAAUCUUCCGAGCUGAGGGUGAAAACUUGGACUCCCUUUGGGGUGGACUUUGUUCAGUGAUUCAACAUGAUGGACCGGCUGCACUGAUCGCCAAACGUGUGAUGUGCCCUGGUAUCGAAGGCCUUGAAGGCACUUCGCACGGUCAUGACGUCAUACCUGUUGACAAAGCCAUCAAAUACCUCAAGGAUCGUGAAUACGGUGAUAACGUGGCUAAGAUCCUCCAGUCAUUGACCCCAUCUGCCUCGCCAUACCUAUAUACCGGUAGUACUAAAGAAAAGGACGCCUGUCGUGUCCAAUUCGGUAAAGCCGUCAACAUGGUCUUAGACAAGAUGUCGAAAGAGGACGUUAAAUCCAAAGUGAUUUGCAUCGACUCUGAUCUCGAAGGUUCAACUGGUCUUAAGGCCAUUCAUCAAUCUCAUCCUGAAAUCUUUAUUCCUUCUGGUAUCAUGGAACGUGGUAACUUUUGUGCUGCUGCUGGAUUUGGUUUCGAAAAAGGAAAAGUUGGUAUCUUUAGUACCUUUUCUGCUUUCCUAGAAAUGUGUUGUUCCGAGAUCACUAUGGCUAGACUCAACAUGUGCAAUGUCCUUUGCCAUUUCUCUCACAGUGGUGUCGAUGAAAUGUGUGACAACACAUGUCACUUUGGACUAAACACCUUUUUCGCUGACAACGGUCUGGAAGAUGGUUACCCCACUCGAAUGUACUUCCCUGCCGAUGUGCAUCAAAUGACGGCUAUUGUGACCAAAGUGUUUUGGGACAUUGGUCUUCGAUUUGUUUUCUCAACUCGAUCCAAAGUUCCUUUCAUUUUGAAAGAGAACAGUCAAGAACAUUAUUAUGGUGAUGAUUAUGAAUUCGUACCAGGAAAAGAUGAGUUUAUCCGACGAGGAAAACUUGGUACAGUGAUUUGCUUUGGAGAAAUCGUUCACCGAGCAUUAGAUGCAGUAGAUCGACUUAGACUUGAAGGAUUUGAUGUUGGAUUGGUCAACAAAUCGACCUUGAAUGUGAUUGAUGAAGAAGCCAUGAAUGAGUAUGGACAUCAAAAAUUCGUUUUAGUAGUUGAAAGUUUAAAUAAAAAGACGGGAUUAGGUAGUAAGAUGGGAACUUGGUUAUUAGAAAGAGGUUUAACACCUAAAUAUGGUUAUAUGGGAACCGACAAAGAAGGAUGUGGUGGACUUAGUGCUCAAAUCUUUCAUCAAGGUUUAGAUCCAGCAAGUAUUAUUCGUAAAGUUAAAGUACUUGCUACUUAAUCGAUCUUUUGUCCUUGAGAAAAAAAAUCUGGAGUUACUUCUUUUUUUUGGUCUCCAUCUCGCUUUUUUUUGUUAUUUCAAUCUAGCUCUACUUUUUUCUAUUUUAUAUACAUAUAUUGUGUAGUCAGUCGUCAGUAUCUGUGGUUUACCACAUCCCUCCUUCCCAUCCCAAAAAAGAACAAUCGCUUUACGUUUCUUUGCAGUGUCUUUCUAGAAAAAAAUUGAAGACGACUGCCGGAGUAAAUUGAUUAUGUGUCAAAAGAUAUAGGUGUGUUGAAGGUUCCGGGCUUAUGCAAUAACAAGAAUUGAAUAAAUACAUAGACACGUGUCAUCCUG